AUGGAUUUAACUCCACUACCUUUAUGUGAGCGUGUUAACUUGGACGGAAAGAAAAAGGCUGAACUUGUGAAGCAGAUUCAUGAAAAAGCAAGGCUCAAUAUGGAGAGGAGAACAGAACAAUAUGCAAAGCAAGCGAACAAGGGACGUCGCAAGUUGGUUUUUGAACCUGGAGAUUGGGUUUGGAUGCACAUGAGAAAAGAACGAUUUCCAGUACAAAGGCGUUGUAAGUUGAUGCCGAGAGGAGAUGGUCCUUUUCAAGUUCUCGAGCGAGUGAAUGAUAAUGCGUAUAAGCUGGACUUGCCAUGUAACUAUGAUAUUAGUAUAACCUUCAAUGUUACUGAUUUGAGUUAUUUUGAUGUAGGUGAUGAUUUCAGGACAAAUCCUUUUCAAGAGGAGGGGAAUGAUGGAGGUCUCACCAACAGUUGGCAAGAUGAUCCAAUCCAACUCCCAACGGGACCAGUAACGAGGAGUCGAGCUAAGCAAUUUAAGGAGAAGCUUGCUGCAUUGAUCCAAAAUGUCUUAACUAAGAAAGCUUCUUUCAAUGGUGAUAAAAAAGGCUGGAUUAUGCAUAUUCAAGUGGCGGAUUCACCGGACAAGUGUUGGAACCAUCCGGGCUAA